UAACAAAAAAAAAACAAACAAACAAACAAACAAAAGACCAAAAAAAAAGUAAGAGAAAAGAAAAGGAAAAAGAAAAAAAAAUAAUAAUAAGAAUAAAAUAGUGUGAUUGAUUCGAUCGAAGAAUUGGAAAUCAUAAUUUUGAACGAUCGAUCACAACACGUGCCACAUUUACCCACGCGAUCUUGAGAACACAAAUUUGUGAAUUUUCUUGGCCAAAAAAGGAACUAAAUAAAAAAUAAGCUCUACGACAUCAUCCAUGAGUCAGAAUGACAUUGGAGAACUUGAAGAGAUCUCGCAUGAUCAUCGUGACAGUAGUGUAUGUUAGUCUCUUCUUAGACAACGUGCUUCUAACGGUGGUCGUGCCGAUCAUCCCAGAUUAUCUUUGUUCCCUCGAUGGAAAGAAUAGUACCAGCGCUAUCGAAGAUGAGAAUGGUAAAGUUGGUUUCCUUCUUAGUUCGAAGGCUUUCGUCCAAUUGAUUCUUAAUCCAGCUGUUGGAAGUUUCACUGGUGCUUUUGGAUACGCAAGACCUUUGUUUCUGGGAAAUCUUUGUCUCUUAUUGGUUGCACUGUUAUUUGCAUUUGGACAAACAUAUGAAAUACUUUUCCUGGCAAGAAGCAUUCAAGGGAUAUCAUCGGCUUGCAUUGGUGUAUCCGGGAUGUCAUUGGUAGCCUCACAAUAUCCUGAAGAAGAUCAAAGAUCAGAGAUCAUGGGAUUCGUUCUUGGAAGUAUCGCCUUGGGUGUUCUUCUUGGAUAUCCGAUAGGUUCUAUUCUUUAUGAUUUGGAAGGAAAGAUGGCACCAUUUUUGCUGGUCUCCUGCCUCAUCGUCGUUUUGAUAUGUUUGCAGAUAUCAACACUCGACAUUCAGACUGACAUAGAGUCGUCCAACAAUGAAACAAACUGGAGACAACUAUUAUCAGAUCCAUUUGUUAUUAUAAUCGCUGGUGCAAUUUGGUGUUCGACUUCACCAAUGGCUAUAUUGGAACCAUGUUUACCAAUUUGGCUUCGUAUCCAUAUAAAACCUAAGAAAUGGCAGCUGGGAACAGUCUUCAUACCGGACAGCGUUGGAUAUUUAAUAGGCACAAACUUUUUUGGUAUGAUGGCCUACCGUUAUGGACGCAGUAGAGUCGCCAUCUUGGCCAUGCUACUGGUUGGCAUCAGCGCCAUUUUGAUACCAUCGGCAAUGACCAUGUCGCAAUUGAUAUUUCCACAUUUUGGAAUGGGUUUGGGCAUUGGUAUAGCUGAUGCUGCUUUGGUACCAUUGUUGGCUAAUUUAGUUGAUCAAAAUGGUAAUUACGGCCCCGUUUACUCGAUUCAACAGGUCGCUGUAAGCCUUGCUUAUUUUCUAGGACCAAUCACAGGCGGAGAGUUGGUAAGGGAAAUUGGAUUUCGAUGGGUCAUGAGGAUCAUAGGUGUGGCAAAUAUAAUCUAUUGUCCGAUACUUCUAUUUCUUGCUCUAAGAGAAAAAGAAUCUUUAUCGAAGGAGGAUAAAGAAAAGGAUUACGACACUUUCCAUAAAGGUCUGAUGAAAUACGAAAAGUUUCAAAACUUGGAGGACGAUCUUUGAUGAGAAAGUCAAGUUUAUUUAAACUCAUUGGAAAAUUCACAUUUAUCAUCGAACAGACGAAGUUCUUCUUAAGAAAAAAAAAAAAAAAAAAAAAAAAAAAAAAAAAAAAAAAGAAAAGAAAAGAAAAGAAAAGAAAAACGGGAAGAAAAAUAGAAAGAAAAAAAAAAUCAUCUCUUAAAUUCUCAACAAGAAAUUUCUAUUGAAAUUACACGAAGUUGCAAUUUAUUAUCAGCGAUCUCUAUAAUAUUAGAAAGUGUAUUGUUUUUAAGUAAUACAAGUGACUAUGAAAUCUAUAUCUGUUUGUUAUACUAAUUUAAUAUAUGAAUUAAUUGUAUAGAAUGGAAUUGAACGAUGUAUGAAGAAUUUUGUUUUAUAUGAAAAUUCUAAGAAAUGUUAAUGACGUCCGACGAUUGUUAUCACCGUCAUCAAGAAGUAUCGUGGGCGAACAAAAUUUUAAUACUUUAUUUACACAUAAAGUCUCCCGAACGAACAUCGAAGCAAACUUCAAUGCUUAUCGCAUUGACGACAUUUAUCGAACGUAAGAGGGAAGUUCUUUUUAUUUAGGGUGAAUAAAAAAUAAAAAAGAUAU